GUAGAAUAUCGGAAAGAUAAAUAAGAUCAUCAGUCGAACAACCUCAGUUCCAGGAACCAGUGUUCUCGACGUCUUCACUCAAACAAACCAUUGCACCUGAAAGCAGUCCAAUAUGUCGUCCAAGGCUCAGUUCGAGAGUGGCCAUGAGAUUCCGGUCUCCAGCCAAGAGUUUCCGGGCAAGGAGAGCCACAUGCCCAAACCCCAACCACUGUUUGACGAAAUUCCAACCGACGAUGGCAAGAGCCAAAAGUAUAAGCCCGCCGGGAAGCUGAAGGGGAAGAAGGCCAUCAUUACGGGCGGUGACUCGGGCAUUGGGCGUGCAACUGCCAUUCUCUUCGCCAUGGAAGGCGCAGACUCCCUCAUUGCCUAUCUACCCGAGGAGGAAGACGACGCCCAGGAGACCAAGAAAAGGGUGGAGCAGUAUGGACAGCAAUGUUACCUUGUGCCCACGGACCUGAGAGACCAGGCAAACUGCAAGAAGGUGGUCGACGAGGCAGUCCGUGUGUUCAGCGGCAAGAUCGACAUCCUCUUCAACAACGCGGCUUACCAGAUGGUGGUGGAAGAUAUUAAGGACCUCUCCGAGGAUCAGUGGCUGAAUACCUUCAACACCAACAUCCACCCCUACUUCUUCAUGGCCAAGUAUUCCCUGCCGCACAUGAAGCGGGGCAGCACCAUCAUCAACAACGCCAGCAUCAAUGCAUACAUCGGCCGGCCGGAUCUCCUGGACUACACGUCAACCAAGGGUGCCAUAAUCUCCUUCACACGCGGCCUGCACAACCAGCAGAUUGGCAAGGGCAUCAGGGUCAACUCCAUCGCGCCCGGUCCGGUGUGGACACCCUUGAUCCCCUCGACAAUGCCGGAGAGCGCGCAGAAGCAGUUCACCAGCCCCAUGGGGCGGCCAUCUCAACCGAGCGAGAUUGCAGCCUGUGUUGUCUUCCUAGCCUCACCGGACAGCUCCUCGGUCUGUGGGCAGACGAUUCAUUGCAACGGCGGCAGCUUCGUCAGUAGUUAACGGAUAAAGAGGCAUGCCGAUGGGUCAACAGAGGUCAUAUGAGGAUUGUCGUCACCCAUGUGAAUUCCAGAAGCAGAAGCAAGAGACAGACAAUGGAAACGACAUUGGCAAGAAAUGCAGAAGUUGCUCUUAGCGCCAUUGGUAGCCAGGACUGGAUGUGUAAUUUUGCUUGGCACACCGUGUAGGACGACCUGGGUCCAGGACCUGUAUUAGAAGACAAUGGCCACUAUGUGUAGGGACAACAAAGAUAUGAG